AUGAGAUUAAAUACUUUACCGGAUGUUCUAUUUCCAAAUCCCAUUCAGCAUCCGAAUUACAAGAUCUCCUUUCUAGGGAAGGUCAAAGAAGAAAUCUUUAAUAAUCAAUUCUAAAUUGAACCCAUGAGAAUGAGCAGAUAAAAUAUGACAAUACGUUCACUAAAGAGAGGAUCAAUUAGAGUUGUUAGUGCAUCGAAUGUCACAUCUCAAAACAACACGCAAACUAAUUUUAGAUCUGGAUCUUCAAAGUUCAAGAUAAUCAAGGAGCAUUCUCAGAUAGAAGAAAUGGAUGAAACAUUUUCUCGAACAAGGACACCUUCUCAACUAGUAAGACGAUUAAAAAGAGGACUAUCAAUGUUUGAAAAAUAGCUGUGA